AUGUCUUCUAUAGUUCCAGAGUCUCCCUUCAAAACCAAACUUUUAAUUCCUCAUUCAAGCCAUCUAUCAAUACAUUCUAUCGACUCCCAUACAGGCUUAAUAAAAGUGCAAAGUCGUGAAAACAGUGACGAUCUACCAAAUUUUUAUGCAUCUCCAAUGAAACUAUUUAGGCCAAACGCCUGAAAAGAAGUCUCUCUAUCCAAUUCAAGGCAAAUGUCAGAGACUUCUAAAAUAAAACAACCUGAAUCUUUAAAAGACCAAAUAAAACGGCAAGAAAUCUCAGUUCUUGAAGAGCUUGAAAAUGGUAAUUUAGAAGAUGCGAAAAAAAUCAUGGAAAGUUGCAUGAAAAAUAUCAAAAAAGUUUAUGGUACUUAUGAUUUGGAAAAUAUCUAUAGUAUGUAUUUAUAUGCUGAUGUGCUAGCAAGAGCUGGGGAUAUAGAUCUUGCAAUUCAUUAUAGUGAAAAAGCUUUACAUACAAUUGAAGAGCUCCCUCCUCAUAUAAUAAAGGAGCCUCAAGUGAUACAGUAUCAAGCUAUGAUUUUAUAUAUGGCUGGGGUGUUAUAAUCCCAUUAGAGAAAUUAGGAGUAGAUAAUAUGCUCAAUGUAUUGAUUUUAUAGAAAUAUCUGGUCAAGCACAGGUAGCAACCCUACACCCCCUAAAAGUGGUACCCCCAACCCCCUUUUUUAAUGGUACCCCCCAGCCCCCCCCUUUUAGUGGCACCCCCCCCCCCCCCCCUUAAUAUAGUAUAGAUAUAUCACAAAUGCUAAUUUAGAGCAGGCGUAAUAAAUAAAUUAUUAUUUUAGAUAUUAAAAAUUACUGAUUUAUACAAUAUCAUAUAGCGUAGCGCAAUCGAUUAAGGAGUAGUGAAAAUUCCUAUAACUACUAAGAACCCCACAUCUGAAGAAAUUUGCUGACAAGCAUAAUGACCUUUGGUAUUAAUUAGCAGUAUAUCCUGUAUAUAUUUAUGAACUUUGUGGAACAAUGGCUAAAGAGUCCAUUUAGAGAUCUAAAAGUAAAAUUGACAAUAGCAAAUACUAUUUUUAUUAGCACAUUGCUUUUCAAAUGAAAGAGAUGCUCUAUAUAAGUUAGGCAGUAGAGAAUAAGAUAUGGAAUGCUAUAAAUAAGCUAUCAGAGUUGAUCAAAAUUAUGCUGAUGCAUACAAUAGCAUAGGAGUUAUCUUCUAUAAAGAAAAGAGUUAUGAAAAAACACUAAAACAUUGUAACGAUGCAAUUAAAAAAUCCAAACUGUGGAGAUUAUUAUUAUUAUAAUAAAGGAAAUGCUCUUACUCCCCCCCUCUUUAAAUUGGAACAAAAUAUAGGUAAAAUUUCCACUUUUUUGGUAAAUUAACCCCCUUUAAAUUGAAACAAAUUUAAUUUUAUAAUAAAAAAAUUAUAAUAAUUUUUUAUGUAAAAGGUUUUGAUAUAAGUUAAAUGUUUCUUCUUAACUAAAAUCAAAAAUUUAGUUAUAUCUUGUUCUUGUUUUAAAAGAAGAGAGUAUAAAGAUCAUCUUAUUUAAAUAAAUUUAUUAUCCUUAAUUGCUAAAUUUUAAAAAAAAUUAAUUGUUUUUUUUAAAAAUUUUUCAAAAAAAUUUUUAUUCUUCUUUGAUAAAACACUUUUAUUUUAAUGGAAGAUUCGGAAAGUAAUGUUUCCUAUUCUUCUUCCUUUUGUGAAGAAAACGGAGCUUUACAGGAUGAAUUUUUCGAACUUUUACUAUUAAAUGAACUUAUUGAUACAGGAUUACUUGAUAAUUCUGAAUCAGAAUAUGAAUGAAAUGAUAGUGAUACAGAAAAUGUUGAUACAGAUGACAAAAUAUUGGAGUUUUUUAAGUCGUUUAGAUGGAAAAAUACUAGAUGAAAUAGAUCCUAUUCAGGAAACCUUCAAAUAUAGGAAGACUGAGGUGAUCAUUGAUGAUAAGAAGACAAUCGAUAAGAAAAUCCUGAACACCAGAAAAAUAAAAAUUAGAUCAGAUUCAAAUUUUAUCAGAAAAAUAAAAUUGAUAUCAGAAUCAAACAUUAUCAGGAAAUCAGAUUCAAAUUUCAUCAGAAAUAGAAAAUUCAUAUCAGACUCAGAAAUCGAAAAAAUCGCGGAUUACGUGGGUUCAGAAAAUUUUACUAAAAUUUUAUCCAAAGAUUUUAGGAAAAGAAGAAAGUUAAAAAAUUUUUAAUCGGGACAUGGCCCUGAAAUAAAGGCCUUUAAGUGAUAAAGAUUUCUCCCUCCUCCCUCUUUGAUAAAAAAUGAUAUUUUUUAUUUGGAUAGUUUUGAUAUAAAUUCAAUAGGAAUUCAUUAUAAAUUUUAAAAUUUACUAAUUUCUUGCUUUAUUUUAAAGAAUAGAGUAUAAAUAGCAUCUUAUUUAAACAAAAUUAGCACUUUGAUCGAUAAAUUUUCUAAAAUUUUUUUGUUUUUUAAAUUUUUUUUUUAUCAAUAAAAAAUAAUAAUUUUUGUGUAAAUAAUUUUGAUACCAAUUAAUAGUGGCGUAUUAAUUAAUAAUGAAAAUUUAGUUAUAUCUUGCUUUGCUUUAAAAGAUAAAGAGUAAAUAGCAUUUUAUUAAACAAAUUUAUUAAUCUAAUUCGAUAAGUUUUUUGAAUUUUUAUAUAAAUUUUUUUAUAAAAAAAAUUAACCCCCUUUAAAUUGGAACAAAAUUUUUUGUUCCAAUUUAAAUGGGGGGAGUUAGAUAGUUAGGAAGAAGAGAAGAAGUUUUGGAAUGCUAUAAAAAAACAAUCAAAAAGAAUAAUGGCAACUCAAGAUGUGAUAUAGGGCAUGGUAUGUGUAAGAAAAUAUGAAUAUAAUUAAUACUUGAAUUCGCAAAAAAUUUUAUUUUAUGAAUUGAUUACUUUUAAACCUACUAUUUAAGCUAAUUAUCCAUCUUCUGCAUAUCCUGCAUUAGCUCAUAUUACAUCCAUCUUGAAGUUACCUACACUGUAUUCAUCUUCGCUGCACUCUGUAGUUAUUGUAUUGUGCUUGAUUCAUUUAAUAAUUACUGACAUUAUCAAUAUCUUUGGCAUUGUAUUUAUAAAUAUAAAAAACAAAUUUAAUAUAUUUCCUAAUUAAUUUUUAAUUAAUUUGAAUUUAUUAAUUAAUCGUAAUUAUUAAAGCAAUUUAUAGACUUCAUUUAUCAAAAUAGCGCUUUUAAUUGGAUUAUAUUUACAAUAUUCUUUUUGAGGGAGGGGUGGGGGUGCCAUUUUUAGGGGGGGUGGGGGUUCCCUUAUUGGGGGGGGUGGGGGUGUAGGGUUGCUACCUAUGCUUGAUCAAAUAUCCUCAUUUUUCUAGGUAAUUAUACUUGAUAAUUGGGAUAUAUAAAUUCAGCGCAGCCAUGCAAAGGAAUUCAUGCUUUACAAACUUUAUCAAGUAUCCUUGAAAACUACCAGAUAGAGUCUAUAGAGGUUUCCUCUAUAUAGCGCUGAAAGUGCAGAUAUUUUCCCAGGAGCUUUCCAAGUUCGUCGGACCAAAUCGCUUUUUGGUCCGACCAAGGCAUUGAUUUGGUGCAACCAACCGAUAAAUUCCGAUCAGAAUUUAUCGGCCUUUACAGCGCCAAACAUAGGAAACUUCUAUAUAUCUAUGGUGACUGUAAAAUUAACUCUUGGAAAUGCAUAUAUACAGAAACAGAAAUAUGUUGAAGCCCAAAGGGUUUUUGAUAUUUGUAGGCAAGCUUAUACAAGUGAUGAUCCCAUGUAUCACCAAAUUUUAAUUAAGAUGCUCCAAUGUGCAAUGUCACUUAAUCAAUUUAAUACUGUGGAAGGGUAUUUAAGCGAAGCAAAAGAGUAUUUACACAUUUUUAUACUUCUUAAUAACUUUAUAUGAUAACUAUAUACUUAUUUUCCUAUAAAACAGACUUCUGAUUAUCAAUAUAAAGAGAAAUCUGUCUAGAAACUAAUAGAAUUAUAUGAUGAUACAGAUAAAUAUACAAUUCUUAGUAGUGCUGCCUGGUUUCACACUCACAGAGAAGAAUAUCCGCAAGCUAUCGAAUAUCUAAUAAAAUGCAUGGAGCAUUUAAAAAAUACUGACCAAGAAUUUUCUAAUGAAAUGGGAUGGGUUUUGACCGAGCUUGGCAACUGCUAUAUUUUUAUCAACCAAUUAGAUGAUGCUUUUGAAAUUACUUGCUAUGCCAAAAAUGUACUAGAAAAAUCAGUAGGACCUCACUCAAAAGAAGUCGCUAAUGCAGUACAGCAGUUAGGAAAUAUUAAGUUUAAGCAGCAUGAGCUGCAGGAAUCAAUACAGCUAUACAAGCUUUCUAAAUCAUUAUUUAUUAACGCUCUUGGCCCAGUCCAUGACUCAACAAUUCAAGUCUGCUUAUGCAUUCUUCAUGCAUAUUUGCAGAUUGGCAACUCUUCGGCAGCAUGAGAAGUAUUAAGGGAGCUCAAUGCUCAAGAGUAUUCAUACCCUCCUGAAACAGCAGGACUUGUUUAUAACGAAAUGGGAAACGUAAUGCGUGAAUGUGGAUACUUUACUCAAGCCUUACAAUAUUACGAGUCUGCAUUGCGAGGGUACUCAAUGCUGGAAGAAAAUAACCCAGAUUUAGGAAAGGUCCAUUUUAAUAUAGGAAGUUUAAAUCUGCAGAUCGGCAGGAUGAGUGAAGCUACUCUGCAUUUAUCUAAACUCCCCCCCCCUCCGUGAGCGAACAAAACCAUUAGAAAAAUCGCCAUUUUUUGACCAAAAACCCACCCUCCGUGAGUGAACAAAAAUUUUUUUAAUAGAAAAAAUUUUAAUGGGAAAAAAAUUUUGAUAUAUAAGUGAUAAUUAGUAUAAUGAAAUCUAGAGCUAAUUCUGUUUAAUUUUAAACAAAUUGCGUUUUAAAACAUAAAUUUUGCAAAUUAAAUUAAUAUUUGCUUCCCAAUUUUUGCAAAUUAGGAUUUUUUUUAAAUUUCGAAAAAAAUAUUUUUUUUAUAAAAUUUAUAUAUAAAUUUUUUUUAAAAAAAAAAUUAACCCCCUCCGUGAGCGAACAAAAUUUUUUUGUUCGCUCACGGAGAGGGGGGGGGGGAGUAAAGCAAAAACUAUUAAAGAGGCUUGCUUUGGCAAAGACAGCAUAGAAAUAGUCAGUGUCCUUGAAAAAUUCGCUGAAGUUUAUAAAGCGCAAGGACGAACAAAAGAUGCCUAUGAGAUUUUGAAAAAAGCUCUAAAAAUAUGUGUAGGCUGCAAGUCAAACAAAGAAAAAGAAAUCCGCAAGCAGAUUUCCAAUUUAAGGAAUCAUAGAAAUAAGUAA